AUGUCUGGUGAUGUGGAGAACCCUAAAGCUCCGCUAGGCUCCCCUAAAUCCAAUGAAGUAAAGUCUACCUGGUCAAGUUACUUACUCGAGAAGACAUCUAUCUAUGGUAUAGCAGCAGGCUACUGUAUCUCAGCAUCCUUACUCUCUAUCAUCAACAAAUGGGCGGUCAUGAAAUUCCCGUAUCCAGGAGCCUUAACUGCUCUCCAAUACUUCACAAGCGCAGCAGGCGUUCUGCUAUUCGGCUCCUGCAACCUCCUAGAACAUGACAAGCUCAACCUACUAACCAUGUGGAAAUUCCUACCAGCAGCAAUCAUGUUCUACCUCUCCCUCUUCACCAACAGCGAGCUCUUGCUCCAUGCCAAUGUUGACACCUUCAUUGUAUUCCGUUCUGUGGUCCCCAUCUUUGUUGCAGUAGGCGAGUCCUUCUUCCUCCGCCAGCCAUGGCCAGCUCUCAAAACCUGGCUCUCCCUUGCCACAAUCUUUGGUGGGAGCGUCCUCUAUGUCCUCACAGAUUACCAAUUUACCCUCACUGCCUACAGCUGGGCUUUAGCUUACUUGAUCAGCAUGACAGUCGAUUUCGUGUAUAUCAAGCACGUAGUCAUGACCAUUGGCUUGAACACCUGGGGGCUGGUUUUGUACAACAAUCUCGAGGCGCUAAUGCUUUUCCCUCUCGAGUUGCUGAUAAUGGGUGAGCUGAAGAAGAUUAAGCAUGAGAUUACCGAGGAGAGUGAUUGGUACUCCUUUGAGGUCAUUUUGCCUGUGGGGCUGUCUUGUCUUUUUGGUCUGGCGAUCUCGUUCUUUGGGUUCUCCUGUCGGAGGGCGAUUUCUGCUACUGGGUAUACAGUCCUCGGCGUGGUGAACAAGCUACUGACUGUGGUCAUUAAUCUUGUCAUAUGGGAUAAGCAUGCGACGUUCGUUGGGACCAUAGGGUUGCUGAUUUGUAUGGUGGGUGGGAUUUUGUACCAGCAGUCUACUAGCAAUAAGCCUAAGGCUGCUGCAGAAGUAACAGUGAAAGAAACCGAGGGUGAGGGAGGAGAAGCAGAAGAAGUGCAGAAGUUGCUGGAGAUGCAAAGUAAAGAUGUUUCGGAACCUCAGCAAGCUUUAACCUGUUGCUUGAGCAGUUUCGAGAUGAAAACGUGA